AUGAAUCAAGCCGAAGUAACGAAGUUAAUGUCCCAGCUGAGGAUAGCCAUUCGUCCACGCCAUCGUAACUUGAAAAAUCCCGACGGUCCCGAAGGCCGGUUAAACAAGUUGCGCAAAACGGUGACGGCGCUGGUAAAACACGAGCGAAUCGAACUUAACUAUCAGCGGGCGGAUGAAGCACGCGGAUACGCGGAACGACUGAUUUCGGAUGCGAUACGGCACGGGGAUUGCCACAAACCCACAAUGGAAAUGGCCGAUUAUUGGCUACUGGAGAAACAGCUGGUGCACAAGCUGUUCAAGGUGCUCGUACCGCGGUUCGAAGAGUACAAGGUAUCCGCAACGCGAAUGUACAAAGCCCCCAAAGAAUACCCGGGCUGGUAUCGGAAGCGAGCGGUUUUGGAGCUCCGAGGCAAUCCUUAUCCAUCGCUGCUUCCCAACCAAUCCAACAACCGGAACCUGCUGCAUAAUGUGCUGAUGGACGAAGCGAAGAAAGACUACCGGAGGGAAAAGUAUGCGGAAAUAGCGGCCCAGAUUGGACCGGAAGGUUCGCAGCCAGUGCAAGGGCCGGCCGGGGAAAAUAUGACCAGCAGCGAACAACCAAAAGCGGCACAACCGCAAACAUAG